AUGUGCGAUGUCAAGGAGCUCUUCAGCCCGCAGCGCCAGCGGCUGCUGCACGGUGCGCCGGAGCCGCUCGCGGAGCCUCCUUGGCCGCAGCCAGCGGCCACGUUGGCCACGUGGCGCGCCUUUCCGGACCCGGCGGUGAAGCAAAAGCUGCAAGAGAAGGCCAUGGAAACCAUGGAGAGGUUGCAGAAGUGCUUCAGUGCCCUGCAACUCUGCCACCGAGAUAUCUCUGGUAGUCGCCAUUCCUUGCGGCAGUGUCGGAACCUCUUGGAGUCGCAUCAGGCCUCCAGUUUGGCCGUCUGCGAGCUGCUGACGGACUGGGCCGACUUGGGCGCCAUGGCCCUGGCGCAGCCAGCAGGCCCUGUCGGCCGCUGCCGGGGACGGCGACCACGGUGCUUCUUCUGCCGGGAACGACGAGCACUGGAGGAGAAGUUUCGCGCGUGGUCCUCUUUUCCUGGCGAUGCCGAGGACGCCAACGAGUCCGCGGUGCUGGCGGAUGUAAGCUCCACAUGCUCCAGCAGCUCCAGUGAGGUUGCAUGGGCCGAGGAGGUCGCAGCCUUCGACGUCGUCGCAGCCGUCCAUCCCCGUGCGCGUCCCAUGGUGCAGCGGCGCAAAACCUCCAGGGAGCGUGGUCAGAAGCUCUUCAAACGCCGCUCCGGACCCGUUGGUCGUCCCACGUGGUAUGCCACUCAUACCGUGGACCCACCGAGAUCUGUUGGAGUACCAGCAGAGCCAGAGGCUGCCAGCCCAUCCUUGACGGCGCCUGCGGAACGACUUCAGGCACAGGCCGUUCCCAGCGUCGACUUCCCUGACAAAGCUGCCGCAGCGGCCACGCCAGCAGCGGAUGCGGCCACAGCCAUGCGGCCCAAGCCCCAAGAGCUGCUGGAAGAUGCAGAGCUGGAACCCUACGCUUCGGCCGCUGCGAGGUUUCGUGCUGAGAUGGAGUUCUUGGACAUGUCCAGUUUUCCAGCCAGUCCUGAAGUGAAGUUUCGACGUCGAAGCUCCGAAGCACGCUUGCCCUAUGAUAAGACCAGGCCCUUGGGCUUGGUCAUUGACAUUGAGGCUGAAGUGGUGGGACCCCCAGCACCACCGCCUUCCACCAGUCAUUCCAUGCUGCUGCACACGCAUUUGGAGGCAAAGGACCCUCUGAAAGGUUGGAAACAGUUGCUGGUGAAGACUGGGUUGGGAAACCCUGGUGGAAAGGGCACCUGGGAAGGAUAG